ACAAGAGCCAAGGAGCAAACGAGCUUCUUAGUCACCUUGCUCUUCUCCCCGUUUUGGCAGCAGCCCCUCAGGGCAAGGGGAAGCUGAUAUCAUAAUUAUUGGCUCACCCAGCAGCUGCCUCCCCUCACCUGAUGUCAGCACAGACCCAGGACGGCCACGCUGACGGACUGACAGGCGGACGGAGCUCCUGGCCCCCCAGACCCGGGCCCCCACGCUGACCUGCUUCACUGAGCAGCCGGCUUUCUUCGAGGCCAGGACUGGGUGAUGGUGUCGCUACUCCCGCCGCAGUCUGACGCCACACUGCCCGGCCCCGCCAGACUGGAGGGCGAGCCCCAGGGGGACCUCAUGCAGGCACCGGGCCUCCCAGGCUCCCCUGCCUCACAGAACAAGCUUGCCGGCUUCAGCUGCUCAUCAUUUGUGCCCGACGGCCCCCCAGAGAGGGCACCCUCACUGCCCCCACAGAGCCCCAGCGUCGCAUCACCAGGCCCCGAGCAAGUCCACUGCCCAGCUGGCCCAGGCCCGGGCCCCUUCCGGCUCUCACCCUCAGACAAGUACCCCAGCUUCGGCUUUGAGGAGGGCCCAGCAAGCAGCCCUGGGCGCUUCCUCAAGGGCAGCCAUGGGCCUUACCACCCAUACAAGCGGCAUUUCCAUGAGGACGUCUUCCCCGAGGCCCAGACCGCCCUGGCCCUUGAUGGACACUCCUUUAAGACCCCGGGGGCGCUGGAGGCCUUCGAGGAGAUCCCUGUGGAUGUCGGGGAGGCUGAGGCCUUCCUGCCUGGCUUCUCAGCAGAGGCCUGGAGCAACGGGCUCCCCUAUCCCAGCCAAGAGCACAGCCCCCAAGUCCUGGGGUCAGAAAUCAAGGUGAAGCCCCCAGCUCUGGAGACCGGCCCUGGGAUGUACUGUUACCAGCCCCCCUUGCAGCACCUGUACUGUCCCUCCCAGCCCCCCUUCCAUCAGUACUCACCAGGUGGUGGUGGUUACCCCAUUCCCUACCUGGGCUCUUCACACUAUCCGUACCAGCGGAUCGCACCUCAGGCCAGCACGGAUGGGCACCAGCCUCUCUUCCCCAAACCCAUCUACUCCUACAGCAUCCUCAUCUUCAUGGCCCUUAAGAACAGUAAAACGGGGAGCCUUCCUGUCAGCGAGAUCUACAAUUUCAUGACGGAGCACUUUCCCUACUUCAAGACGGCACCCGAUGGCUGGAAGAAUUCUGUCCGCCACAACCUCUCUCUCAACAAAUGUUUUGAGAAGGUAGAGAACAAAUCGGGAAGCUCCUCUCGCAAGGGCUGCCUGUGGGCCCUCAAUCCGGCUAAAAUCGACAAGAUGCAGGAGGAACUGCAGAAGUGGAAGAGGAAAGACCCUAUCGCCGUGCGCAAGAGCAUGGCCAAGCCGGAAGAGCUGGAUAGCCUCAUUGGAGAGAAGAGGGAGAAGCUGGGCUCCCCACUGCUGGGCUGCCCACCCCCUGGGCUGACCAGCUCAGGCCCCAUCCGGCCCCUGGCUCCUCCAGUUGGGCUCUCCCAGCCACUGCACUCCAUCCACCCAGCUCCGGGCCCCAUUCCCGGCAAGAACCCCCUGCAGGACCUACUUGGGGGACACGUGUCCUCCUGCUAUGGGCAGACAUACUCGCACCUCUCACCGGGCCUGCCCCCUCCCGGACCUCCACAGCCGCUGUUCCCGCAGCCGGAUGGGCACUUGGAGCUGCGGGCCCAGCCAGGCACACCCCAGGACUCGCCUCUGCCCGCCAACACCCCGCCCAGCCACAGUGCCAAGCUCCUGGCUGAGCCUUCCCCGGCCAGGACCAUGCAGGACCCUCUGCUCCCAGACGGAGACCUUGGCACUGACCUGGACGCCAUCAACCCCUCUCUCACCGACUUUGACUUCCAGGGAAACCUGUGGGAACAGCUGAAGGAUGACAGCUUGGCCCUUGACCCCUUGGUACUGGUGACCUCAUCUCCAACAUCCUCUUCAAUGCCACCACCUCCUCCCCCACCCCAUGGCUUCCCCCCAGGGCCUUGUCUGGCAGAGACAGGCAGCGGGGCCGGCGACUUGGGACCACCCGGCAGUGGGGCCUCCGGGGCACUGGGUGACCUGCACCUCACCACCCUCUACUCGGCCUUCAUGGAGCUGGAGCCCACACCCUCCGCGGCCCCUGCCGGCCCCUCUGUGUACCUCAGCCCCAGCUCCAAGCCCAUGGCCCUAGCCUGAGCCACGCCCAGCAGCCACUCUGGCCUCCAUCCGGCCUGGACAUCCCCGCUGGCCGCCCACAUGGGGCCCACCUUAAAGGUCAAGGAAGGAAAACCAGCCCUGUCCCCUAAGCCACCAAGCCAACUGAUUGUCAGCUGGCAGCUUGGGGGUGAAGAAGGUACCCCCCAAUGCCACCCCUCACACAUUUCUGCCAUCUGGGGAGCCAGCUCCUCACUCAGGAUCCCCAGAGACCGAGUGUCCAGGCGAGGAAAGAACACACCCUCCCUAGCUCACACUCAUCCACACCUACGUCCUGCAUAAUAUGUGUGCACACACACACAGUCAAAUCAAACCCACACGCACCCACAUACCUACUAUCCAGAAGAAUCAGAACUACAUCACCGAGAGUCUGACUCCACUUCUGACGUGACAGACAGCUGAGGGCCCAGGUCCUUGUGUGAGAUCCAAGACCACCUGGAAACCCUCUUCUGAUGUCCACAUGCUCUGCAGGCCUGGCCCCUUCUAACAUGUUCUCUCCCGGAAGGCCCCUGUAUUUAUUCUCCCAUCUUCAUCCCAGCAGCCUGUCAGGGAGGAGUCAUUGUACAGCCUCUCCCCAAGUUGUCUGUGGGUCCCCCAGGGGGCUGCUAUUCAGGGCACCCACCUGGCCAGGCUCCACCCAGCCUCAGUGUCUGCUCUGUCUGACCUCCCCCAGAAUGCCACACAGGAGAGGUAACGGCCACCCCAGGACCAAACUGAGCCCAGUUCUGGCACAAAGUGUUUGGAAAAGACCUUGCCCUCAGAAACUGCAGAGUGUCCUCUUCUCCCAGCCCUGGGCUCUGAAAGGGCCUCUCCAGGGCACGACAAUCUCACUCCUUCUCUGGAAGAACUUCAUGUAGUUUAGUUCCCAACUUACUAAUGACUUUCCACUGGCCCAGGCAGCCUGGGCAUUCAGGGAAGGAGAGCCUGACACAGGCUGGCAGGGAUGGGAAGGGGGUGUGUGUGGCGGCCGACACCCGCCUCUCUUUGACUGUUUGGCAGACCCACGAUGUAGCCCAGAGCUGGGGAUGUGGCCUAGUCAGCCACCAUGCCCUACUGGAGAGUCUAACCCCCACCGAGUGGGAGCUUCAGCCUACCCUGCACCCAGGGGUGACAGAAAUCCUCAGAGGUUGGCCUGGGCUUGGUUAGGCACAAGCAGAUCUCUAGACAGCCUGCAGUUUUCCCCUGACCUAGAACAAUAAAGCAAGUGCCUGUGGUCUUGGCUCCUGAGGCUUCAUUUCCAGAUUUCCCCUCCCUGGGC